CUCUGCUGCUUCAUGGCUUCUCUCCGCGCUUGAAGGACUCCAAAGAAUAACAAAUCCUUCCUUCUUAUUCCGAAACCCUAGAUUUUCCACCUUCACUUAAUCCCACAGCGCCAUGGUCCGGAGAUCGAUGCCGAUUCUGAAACGGUUCCUCACAUCUCCCGCCUUCAACCUUACUUCGACGCGAUCCGUCACUUACAUGCCUAGACCUGGAGAUGGAGCCCCUCGUGCCGUCACCUUGAUUCCUGGGGAUGGGAUCGGGCCGCUGGUGACCGGGGCGGUGGAGCAGGUGAUGGAGGCUAUGCAUGCUCCUGUGUACUUCGAGCGGUACGAUGUGCACGGUGACAUGAAGCGCGUGCCGCAAGAGGUGAUUGACUCGGUUAAGAAGAAUAAGGUGUGUUUGAAAGGAGGAUUGGCGACGCCGAUGGGAGGAGGUGUGAGUUCGCUGAACGUUCAGUUGCGGAAGGAGCUAGAUUUGUACGCCUCGCUUGUGAAUUGCUUCAAUCUGCCUGGUUUGCCUACCAGGCACCAGAAUGUGGAUAUUGUGGUGAUCAGGGAGAAUACGGAGGGAGAGUACUCCGGCCUCGAGCAUGAGGUGGUUCCUGGAGUCGUGGAGAGCCUUAAGGUACCUUCCCUCAUCGAUCCCUUUCUUUAACUUUUCUUCAUCUUUCUUAUAAAUCUGUAUCUUCAAUGUUGAAUAGCUUGAAUUGUUAUUUUUUGGCCUCAUACUAUCGAAUUGUUAGGUGAUUACAAAGUUCUGUUCCGAGCGGAUUGCAAAGUAUGCUUUCGAGUAUGCCUACCUCAACAACAGAAAGAAAGUGACUGCUGUACACAAAGCCAACAUCAUGAAGCUUGCAGAUGGUCUGUUCUUAGAAUCCUGUCGGGAGGUCGCAACAAAGUAUCCAGGAAUCA